GCAGCCCCGCGGGCGGCCGGGGGGGGCGCGGGGGCCGUCGGAAGUGCGGCCGUGACGCCUCCCCACGCGGGGCCGCUUCCGCUCCCACCCGCGGCGGCGGCGCCGAGCUCGCACCGGGGCUGUUGCACCGAGCCCGGGGCGGCGGCCGGAGACCGACGAGAUGUUUGCCGUCUGCCCACCCGGUGCCCCGGCGAACGCCCCGUUCCGGCAGGGCCGGGGGGCCCCGGCGCUGGGCACGGCCGUCCCGGGGGCCGGGUGCGGGCAGGACUCCAACUCCAACUUCGUGGGAGAGGUGUGUGACAGCAACGAGAACUGGAGCCAGCCAGCGCCAGGGACCCCGCCGGAGGAGGGCUCCAGCCAGAGCGAAAACACGACAAAUCCGUCCGAUAAUCUGCUGUUAUUAAUGCAGAGACAGAUGGUCCAGGGCCGGCUUAGGGACGCCGCCCCGAGCCUGGGCGCCGCGCGGCCGCGUCUGCCCGAGCAGGGAGUGCGCAGCCCCCCCGAGGGAGCAGAGGUCAGCGGGGCGGGGGGCCAAAACGCUGCCGAGGAGCUGGCCAGGGGGUGCAGCAAGCCCCCGAGCUCCCCCGUGGAGGACAACGGCUACGCCAGCAGCUCCCUCAGCAUCGACAGCCCCGACAGCGCUUGCGGGAGUGCCUGGGACCCUCCUGCCGCUGCCCCCCGAGCCGGGAGCCCACCACAGCCAGGGAUGACCGAGCCGGGGACCCUCUUCCCGGCGCUGGCAGAGGCCGUGCAGCACCUCCAGGACAAGGAGCGCUUCAAGGAGCGGGAGAAGGAGAAGCACCACAUCCAGCUGGUGAUGUACCGGCGCCUGGCCCUGCUGCGCUGGAUCCACGGCCUCCAGCAGAAGGUCGUGGACCAGCAGAACCGGCUGCAGGAGAGUUUCGACACCAUCCUGGAUAACCGCAAGGAGCUGAUCCGCUGCAUGCAGCACGGCCCGGUGUGCUCUGCCAGCGCGGCCGCCCCCAGCCCCUGAGGUGCCGCCGGCGCUGCCCCGUCCCAGCCCUCACCCUCCCGGCUGGUGCGGGGCUGGCUGGCGGCGUCUCUGUGCCGGGCGCCGGUGCAGAGUGCUCGCCGGGUGCCUGGGUGCCCACCCUGUCCUUCCCAUCUCUCUCCAAAGCUGAGAGUCCCCGAAGCAUUCAUCUCAAUUUUCCCUCUGCAUGGGAAUUAAUUUUCUUCUGCACCGUGUCCCGCCGGUCUGGGGACCGUGGGGCGUCGGGCUGGGUAGGCCCCAGGACCUUGGGGUUUGCAAGCCCAGGGUGACGAGGCUCAUCUGUUAAAUCUAAUUUACGGUCCAUUGUAUGAGCCCAGCUGAGCCGUGCGUGUGUGGGACGGGCCCUGCGGCGAGUCCCCCGCGCGGGGGCCGCCUGGCAGCGAGGGUCUCAGGGCAGCGAAGCUUUGAAACGUACCUGGGCAGAGCGCUCCAGCUCGGGCACACGCACAAGCCCACCUCGUCCCCCGCGCCGCACCCGCGCCGGUGUGCCUGUACGGAAACAACCGGCCGCCGUUAAGCGUUGCUGGUGCUUUCGGUGUGGGCAAGGUGUCCUGGGCCGUUCCUCGCCCCAGUGCACCGCCUAAUGAAGCACGUGUAAAAGCUUUGCAGAUAAGAUCUAAACUCAUGCAGAGAGACAAGGGAGAGGGAGAAAAAAAUCAUUCUGAGGAGAGACCUCAGAAUGCUUAAAAAUAAAUUUAAGUGUCAACUGAUUCAAAUCCAGUAUAUUUUUUUUUUAGAUUCAGUAUUAGAGAAGAGUAAAUUACGAUUUUUCCUCACAGCCAGUGUGUGUAGAUGCGCAUCUGUCUGUCGAGGGAGAUGCUUUAACACGGUGCAUGAUCAGGAAGCUGCUUGCAAAGCUGUGCUGUUGGUGUUUACAUUAAUUUAUCAUUUGAAAGAAAAGAGAAUAUUUUUUUCUAAUCUACAUUUUUCCAGGGAGGACUGCAUAGAGAAUACAAAGAACAGUCCUCUUAAAUAGAGAUUAAAAAGGAGAUGCUGUGUUUGUUUGCUGUAUUUUACUCAGUGUUAAUAUGACAUCUAUUCUGUUUAAGUUGCUGAUGUGGACGGAGCAGCAGCGGGGCGGUUUGGCUGUAAGCCGAGGGCUCAGCCGCGAGGGGACCGCGUUCCCUGUCCCGCCGGGAGUUGCUGUGCGAAGCCAGGCACUAAUUUAGUUUCUUGUCUGCAAAAGGAGGACGAUGAGAGAUUCCAGAGUUGCUCUGUCCCCCCAGCCAAACUUCUUCCUGCCGUCGGAGGAGCGGGGCCGAGAGGCGGCUGUGACUUCGCGGGGACCCCGCGCUGGUGUCGGGGUGCAGCGCCCGGCCGGCGGGACUCGCAGCCGGAGCCUGGGCAGAUCCCGGCUUCCACCGACCGCUAGAUGCUACUGCACUACAAAUAAAUAACACGGCUGAGCCCGCCAGCGACCCGCAGGGCCAGGGGCUGCGCUGAGCCUCCUCCGGUCCCGCACCGGGGCAGAGCCGGGCUCUGCUCCCGCCCGGGGCUGCUGCCGCUGACAGGUGAAGUGAGGAGAUCUGCAAAACUCUGCUUCUGGAAGGGACGUUUUGGUGGCGAAGGGCACAUUCGGCUCAAAGCGACCUGUGCCGGCGUCUGCACCCAGCGCCGGGGGCCGGAGGAGUCCGGCAGCAUCCCUGCAAGGCUGGCGCCGCUCUCGCUGCCUCGCCGCCCUCCUGCUCGCUCGUGUCCAACGCCUGCUGCCUGUGUCGUAUCCCAGACGUGUGAUCGUGGGCAUGUUGCACACCUUAAUAAAAGCCUUGGAGGCGAAAGAGCUGA